UCAUUGCUUUACAGCAGAAGCAGUAGUAGGAGACACAGAGGAGACAGUUUUGACCAUGAACAUGCUGAAACCUUUACUUCUGGCUCUUUUAAUAAUGUGCUUUUUGCCUUUCAUGACAGCUUCAGUUGUUCAAGACUUUAAUCACGUAGAGAGAUGCAAGGACUCCCUCUACAUGGGGACGCCACCGAGGGGGAUCAGCAAAAGUGGACUGAGGAAGAUCUGCCAGCGUUACGCGGACAAGCCUCGGUAUGUGACCCUGUACGACCCCGAGGACAGGAUUCCAGUUUAUUCAGCGUACACCUUUAAGAAAACAGAGGGGGACAGACGUGUAGACUACCCUUGGAUGUAUGAGCCACAGCUGGCAGAAAUUGAUGGAAAUGGAAACAUGAUGCCCUUCCCCACUGGCUACCUGCACAUGAAGUUUGAGGACAGCCAGGCAGUCCUGGAUGACUAUUCAGAUGUGGUUCUGUACGAGAGAGGCCACCUGAACCCAGACCAGCACCAGUCCACCCCACACGACCGCGCUGCCACCUACACUUUGACCAACGUGGUCCCAGAGAUAAGAGAGUUCAACAUCGGGCCUUGGCGCGAGUACGAGGAGCGGAUCAGGGUUCGCCUCAACAACUUCUGCAGGGGCACAGCCUUCAUCGUCACCGGCGUGACCACCAAAGGCAACAUGAUCCGCCGACACAACCAGAUGCGCGUGGGCAUCCCAGAAGACGUGUGGUCCGCCUACUGUUGCACUGACUACGACCGCAACUCGCCCCACGAUGUUCGCAUCCUCUUCCCGUCCCAUGCAGCCGUGGCCAAAAACGCCAAAGAGGGAAACAGCGUCACUGAGAUGCCUGUCCAGGAACUUGAGGCCCUCCUGAAAUUCAGCAUGAACUACGGCGAGAACCUUCAGAUCUUCUACGACAAUUGUAUCUCUCCCUCACCCCUUCCAUCUUACCUCCAACAUACCAUCUGAAAGCUAGAGCUUCAAUGUGCAUGUUGGUGUCUUCUUACUUUCAAGAUGAAAUAGAUAAUAUUAAUAGAUUGUUUUUUCUUGCUCAAAAGGAAGAAAUAUUGUGCUUAUUCUCUGUAAUGCUAAUUUCCCUCCCUGCUAAGGGAGGAAGGGUGAGGCUUAGUUGUGCUUUUAGAAACUAAACAGUUCUUUCUUUAAUAAGAUUUUUUUGAGGGAUGAUUUAUUUCAUUAUCUCCUCUCUUACAAAAACAAAUUAAGCAAAAAAAAAAAAAAAACAGAGCUACUUUAUCUGGAAGGGUGACAAUUGAACUGUAAUGUGUGUGGGAGUUGAUGCUAAUUGGCUAAUUCAAUAAAACAUCAUCAUUUA